AUGGAGAGCUCUAUACUUGUUUGGAAUAUGAGGGGUCUCUGUGACGCCAACAAGCGAGGAAGGAUCAAGCGUAUCAUUGGCAGGCGUAAACCCCUAAUCGUCGGCCUGGUGGAAACCAAGUGGGAUCAUUGCAAUGUUACUUCUAUUAGCAGCAUUAGUGGUUCCAGAAAUUACGGAUGGGCGGCGAAGAACGCUGUUAAUAGUUGCGGGGGCAUCGCUGCUUACUGGGAUCAGAGUCGAUUCAGAGAGCUAAACAUAAAAGAAAGCAAUUAUUUCCUCGCUAUUGAACUGUUUGAUACUAUGGUCAGCAAAUACUGGAACUUGGUCAUUGUUUACGGGCCUCAGUCUAGAGAUGAUAAGAUUGCCUUUCUUCUUGAAUUGAAUCGCCUGUGCCAGCAGCUCAACGAACCUAUCUGCAUCAUGGGGGACUUCAACUUAGUUCGUUCCCACGAUGACUACAGAGGCGCUCGUCGGGACUGGAAUCUUAUGAUGGAGUUCAACGAGUUCGUCGACAACAAUACCCUGAUGGAACUCCCCCUCGGGGGGAGUAGAUUCACUUGGAGCCGUGGCGGAUCUAAUGAGUGCUUUUCGCGCAUCGAUCGAGCUUUCAUCAGUGCUGAUUUCGACUCCAUCUAUCAUGACUGCACCCUCAUCGCUCUCGAACGAAUAGAAUCUGAUCACAACCCUCUUCUCCUCAAAUGGGGUGGCGAUCUCCGCAUCAAAAGACCAUGGAAAUUUGAAAAUAUGUGGUUGGAAGAUCCAAGAUUCUAUGAUGGUUUGAGCUCUUGGUAUGGCGACGUUAUCUCUGGGCAGGGGAUGAUCUUCCUUUGUGCUAGAAGACUUCAACACAUUAAGAACAAGAUUAAGCAUUGGAACAAAGAAGUUUUUGGGGAUGUCAACGCUAGAAUUAGCGGUCUUCUUACCAGGAUAUCCGAGUCUGACAAACUAGAGGAAGCCCAGCAGCUUGAUGAUUCACAAAGAAGAAGCAGGGAUCUCCUAAAAAUUGAACUUGGUCGACUUCUCAACCUAAUCGAGAUCUCUUAG